AUGUUUCGGCAUCCACCACCGCGACCUUCAAGUCAGGCUGAUAAUGGCUCAUUAAAACCACCCAAACCGCCAGAUCGUCCAUUAGUCCCAUAUAUGAGAUUCAGCAGGAAAAUGUGGGCUAAAGUACGAGCGGAAAAUCCGGAUAGUCAAUUGUGGGAUAUUGGAAAAGUGAUUGGACAAAUGUGGCGGGAUGCACCAGAAUCAGAAAAAGCUAUUUAUCAGCAGGAAUAUGACAUCGAACGUCAGGAAUAUGAAAAAGCUUUGAAAGCUUAUCACAACUCAUCUGCUUAUCAACAGUACUUGUCAGCAAAAAAUCGAGCAAAAGUUAGCGAUAAAUCGAACACCGUUGGGGGUGUCAUUGCUGCAAGUCGUGGCCGUUUAGAUACAGGUGGUGUAGUCAUUCAACCAGUAGAAGAUGAAGAACUUGGGGAUCUAUCGUCUCGACGAAUUGCAGCUGUUAGAUUUGAUCGCAAUCAUCGACUCAUAGCGGAUCUUUUUAGUGGCAGUGUAGUUACAGAUACUAGAACAGUCCUUGCUCAAAAUCGAAUCGAAAUGCUGAGGAAACAAUCAACUUCAUUAGCUUCCCAUCAAAGCAAGUUGGAAGAGGAACUGAAGAAAUUAAAUGAGGUUUUUCAUGCUAAAAAGCGCUCAAUGGAAAUCGCUGCGGAGGAAUUCACUGCAAAAUUGAAAAAAGUCUGUGAAGAAAAGCCACAGCUUGAUGAAGCGAAAUAUGCUUCCAUGGUACAAGAAUGGUUAGAGAAAUUAGCAAAAGCUUAUGAGGAAUACAAAGUGAAACAAGAGGCUUUGCGUGCGAAGCAAAUAGUGGAGCGUGAGCAGUUAGCAGAAGAAACGCCAAUCUUGUACCGUUUGACUGUUGGAGAUUCAUCUCCUUCUCCCCAAAGUAAAGUAAACGAAGAUAUCCAGUCACCAAAAAUAACAAUCUGUGAACAGCAGCAACCCAUUAGUGCUGCUUCUAGCUCUACUGAUAGCAUUUCAUGUAUUUCAUCCACUGUCAGUUAA